UUCAAAAAGCCAAGCUCAAAGCCACAGAUUAUACAUUCUGCUCACAGUCCGUGUGCGGGUGAAACAACCUGCACAGAGUGCCGCAGAGGGAGUCAGUGGGCUCCUCAGUUUUGGAGACGAGCGGAGUUGCGCAUCACUUAGGGAAGAGCAUAUUGGUGUCUGGACAGUUUUAUUAUAUUUUUGGGUGAUUGUGGGUUUCACGCAUCGGAUGCACCUGUGGAUGUAUCCUUCCCCCUGAAGUUUGGACUGAAACCUGCAACGCACAAGGGAUUACUUAAAACUCUCAGCUGAUAGUUCUUUCAUUCCAACAGCCUGCAGUUUUAUUUAUUUAUUAGAGAAGCGCACGAUGCUGCUAGGAGUCAUCUUCCUAGCGGUUCCUCUGCUGAGCAUCACCGGCUGCGGGGCGUCUUACGUUCCGUGUGAGCCGUGCGACCCGAAGGCCCUGUCCAUGUGCCCACCGGUGCCCGUGGGCUGCCAGCUGGUGAAGGAGCCCGGCUGCGGCUGCUGCCUGACGUGCGCGCUGGAGGAGGGCCAGCCGUGCGGCGUGUACACGGAGCCGUGCAUGCGCGGACUCCGCUGCCUGCCCAAGAGCGGAGAGGAGAAGCCGCUCCAUGCGCUCCUGCAUGGCCGGGGGGUGUGCACGAACGAGAAGCUGUACAACCUGGACCAUCCUCCAAAAGAGCCAGUAGAAACCAAGGUGCCCCUAUAUGGAGAUCACAUCAGCAGUCGAAAGGUGUAUGCCAUGAAGCAAGCCAAGGACCGCAAGAAGUAUUUAGCAAAACUUAGAUCGACCAACAACCGAGAGCUCUCACCACCUAACGUAGAUAAAGUGGAACCGGAAUUUGGGCCCUGCAAAAGAAAACUUGAUACUCUCAUUCAUAGCAUGAAGGACACUUCUCGGGUCUUGACUCUUUCUUUGUAUGUACCCAACUGUGACAAAAAGGGAUUCUUCAAGCGCAAGCAGUGUAAGCCGUCUCGUGGUCGGAAACGGGGUAUCUGCUGGUGCGUGGACCGCUUCGGCAAUAAAAUCCCAGGUAUCAACUCUGCCGGUGGGGUACUGCAGUGCAAAGAUCUUGACAGUAUCAACAACAGCAACGAAUGAGAGCAAACUGCUUGCAGAGCUCAGUUUCUUCUUCUUAAAACUUGCCAAACAAGCUAGCACACUUUAUGACCGACAAUCAGGAGAAUAUGGCACAAACACUUUUAUUUUUUUGAUGAUUGUAAUGGACUGCAUUGUCUGUUGUAAAGGGGAAGCAAACUUCAUAUCCUAUAUAGAAGAGAAAUAUAUAUAUAUAGUUUAUCUUUCUGUUUAUAAAGUCUGUUGCAAUUUAUAUAUUUUCUUUUGAAGAUUAUGAAAAAAGCAGACAACACAUAUUUUAAAAUGUGGCUAACUGUCAUUAUUUGUCCGUUGAUUUUCCUGAUGUUGUUUAAAAGGGAAGGUGGCCACCUAAACUACAAGACACUUGCUAAUAUUGAAUCACUUUUGUCAAGAUUAGUAGCUUUUCCAUGUGUAAUUUAGAUGAGAUUUGGGAGCCACAAAUUGUAUUUUCCAACAAAGACAGAAAUACAUGCAACAUAAAACAUACUUGACAUAUUCAGGUGGCACCUCUGGAAAGGUUUAAACUGUGUAUAGACAGCAUCCCCAAAAACAAUAUGAAACAUAAUUUCACUUCAACCAUUCUUGAUAUUGUAAAACAUUACAGGCAAAGUAACAAACCCAUAAUUUGUUAGCUAAGAUCAUGUUUUUUCUUUACUUUAUUUAAAGAAUUCAUUCAUGAAAGAACAAAUGUUUUCAGGCAUAAAUAUGGUUUUGUUUGAUAAUUUUCAAAAUGUAGAUAAACUCAGAGUACAGACCAUUUGCUUUGAACCAUUUCAACCUGUCAGUCAUUUCCAUUAUUAAGCUAAUUAGCUAUGACUUGUUGCGGAACUUUAAAAAGUAGUAUUUAUUAGCUGUAACUAUUUUCAUAUUCGUCCUUUCAAAAUUUGAAAGCAAGAACAAACAACCCGUUUGCCUAACCUGGCACAAAAACAAAAAAUAAACUGCUAGCUCUGCCUUGCUAAUUAAGAAAUAGCCUAAUAUAUGUAUAAUCUUAAAAUAAAAAAAGGUUUAUUUGAUUGACUGUGACUAUUUUUAUAUCCAUCUUUGUCAAGUGACCAAGCUAGAGUUAGCAAGUCUUGACGAUAGACUAGCAUGCGGGCUAAAAAUAAGCUGCCUACUGUGGCUCGGUUUGUAACACGUAACUUAAUAUACAUCAUUUCAUUUUAGAGAAAAAUUUAUUAGCUUUGCUGUAACUAUUUUCAUAUCCAUCUUUUUACAAUUCUCUCAGUACAACUAGCAACACAUGAUCUUUGCCCAGCAUGGAGUCUAAGAAUCAAGUGCUUCCUGUGACUUGCUGAUUUACAAGAAGCCUAAUGUAUAUGGUUUACUGAUCUUAAAAACACUAUCUGGUGGCAAUAAUUUCAAAAUACCUUACGCCAGACAGAAAAAUUUAAUACGCAAAGAUUUUUCAAUAAUCCAUCCCUGUCAGGUAAAAGUAUAUUUAGACUACAACUCAAGUUUAACUUUGAGACCAGUUUUGCCUAGAUUUUGGCCUGUGGGUAAUUUCCAUGGUCACUGUGACCUUAUGCUCCUCAGGUGGCCAAUAGAUUUUUUGUGCCACCAACAGGGAGUAGAUCUUUUGGAAAUAAACAAAACGGACAAAACCUCAGUCAUAAAAAAGCUAAUUGUACUAUUAAAACUAAAAUUCUUUCUAUUUCAGGUUCUCAGAACUGCAUUCACCGUUUCUAAAAGUAUGAAUAAGAUGUUUGCAUUCCCAUGAGUGUGUUUGUGUGUGUUUCUCAACUAAAAACAAAAAAGCUUGCUUGCACAUAGUACAUUUCCCAUUAGAACUUGCACACAAAUUGUAUGCAAAGGCCCCGUGUUUCCAUGUGGAGGGUCUUUACUGCCACCGCUGAUGCAAAUCUGCAGGCCAACACCAGCUUGCUCACAGGGUUCACCAGGUCCUUUAUCCCACAGAGUGCAAGGCCACGGAGUUUUUACGUAAAUGAAGUGCCUUCAGGCCCAGACUGUUUUGAAUCUAGAUUUGCAUGUGGGCCCAUCGUGUCGUUGAAUGAGGGUGGCCUGAGCAAAAUAAAAAAAAGGAAAUCAGUUUAAGGCGUGGAUGUGAUUUGCUGACAAAUCUUCCAGUCAAGUGCUGCUAAAUAUGUAAUGACAAAGGAAAGGAUUGUGUUCUGUGGGUCCAAUUUUGUUCAAGAUCUUGUUUUUAUUGUUAAAAUAGUAAUGUUUAAUAUAGUUUUAGUUAUGUAGAUAAUGCCUGAACUGACAGUGGCACAUCAGCCUAUUCUUCCUGAUUAAACUCUUCUCUUUUGCAGUUGAUUCAAGCUCAUUUAAACACAACUCAGUGGCUUUAUGAACACCACAGAUACUAAAGAUUAAUGUGAAUUUUCUGGUGAAAUAUUUAUCACACAUGUAAUUGAUGUACUUGUUUCUUUUUCUCUUUUUUUUAUGUUGAAUCAUUAUUUAAAUAAACUUUAUGUACUCACCAAAAAAA